AUGUUGUUAAUAGGUGCCGACUGGCUUCAAGGACCUUACUUGUAUAAAUUAUAUAAUGAUUAUGGUCUCAGUUUGACAGAAAUAGCCAUGUUGUUUCUGACAGGAUUUGUAAGCGGCGCAUUUGCUGGUACAGCAGUUGGCGGACUAGCAGAUACAUGGGGCCGUAAACGUGUUUGCAUUGUCUUCUGUUUUACGAUGAUUAUUGCACUUCUGCUACGUUUAAUUAAUAUUUACCCGCUACUGUUCAUAUCACAUUUACUAUCUGGUUUAGCUACCGCGCUCAUGUAUAGUGUAUUUGAGUCCUGGUAUGUUUCUGAGCAUACCAGCCGUGGAUUUCCUGCUGAUUGGAGAGCUCGUACAUUUGCUCUCAGUACUUUGCUCAACAGUAUCGUUGCGAUUUUCGCAGGCGUAAUUGCUAAUGAAUUAGUAGGCCUUUGGGGUUUUCGUGCUCCGUACAUCGGAUCAAUACUCAUGGUCUCAACUGUGGCAGUUAUGGUGCUUUCGACGUGGACAGAAAAUUAUGGCAGAAAUGUUCAAUCGAAUAUGCAAAAUGACAACCUUUUGAAAACUUUGAAGACGGGACUACGAACGAUGCUGAGCAGCAAAAAUAUCGUUGUUCUUGGAUUAGCACAAACCUUAUUCGAAUGCUCCAUGUACAUAUUCGUGCUUCUCUAUACGCCAGCUUUCGAAAACGUGAUAUUUAACAACAUUGGCCAAAUACCCGCAGAUGGAUUGAAUCUAGGCUAUCUAUUUUCCACAAUGAUGAUGGCUGUCAUGGUUGGCUCUUUGCUUUUUCAAAUUGUUGAACUGGAGAUAAAAAAAGGACCCAACAGAACAUUUGCAAAAUUUUCGGAAGAGAAAUUACUGAUAGUGGCACUUGCAGCAGCGUCUAUUUCAUUUAUAUUGAUGGCACGCUACGGUGAGACUUCGAUCACAACUUUGCUGAUUGCAUAUCAUGUAUUUGAAUGUACAACUGGUUUGUACUACCCAUCUAUUGCCUCCCUAAAAGCGGAAGCUAUUCCAGAAGAAACAAGAGCAGCCGUGAUGACAUUAAUAAGAAUUCCUAUGAAUCUUGGUGUAGGCUUUAUCUUGUAUCAUGUAGGUAGUAAUAAUAAUAGAAGGUAA